CAGUAACGUAACAGUGGCACAAGCACACUCCAAAGACCAAACCCUAAAAACCCUAAGCACACUCCGAAACCCUCUUUCUCCCUCGCACCGUCUUCGUUGUUUCUACAAUGGCGGAGCUAAAACUCUCUGAGAGCCGCGAUCUGACCCGCAUAGAGCGCGUGGGCGCGCACUCCCACAUCCGCGGCCUUGGCCUGGACUCCUCCCUGGAGCCGCGCGCCGUCUCGGACGGCAUGGUUGGGCAAACCGCCGCCCGCAAGGCCGCCGGCGUGAUCCUCCAGAUGAUAAAAGACGGAAAAAUCGCCGGCCGUGCAGUCCUCCUGGCCGGCCAGCCCGGCACCGGCAAGACCGCCAUCGCCAUGGGCAUGGCCAAGUCCCUCGGCCUCGAAACCCCCUUCGCCAUGAUCGCCGCCAGCGAAAUCUUUUCCCUUGAGAUGUCGAAAACCGAAGCCCUCACCCAGGCCUUCCGCAAGGCCAUCGGCGUCCGCAUCAAGGAAGAAACCGAGGUCAUCGAGGGCGAAGUCGUCGAGGUUCAAAUCGACCGUCCCGCGGUGGCUGGCGCCGCCGCGAAGACCGGGAAGCUGACGCUGAAGUCGACCGAGAUGGAGACGGUUUACGACCUCGGCGCGAAGAUGAUUGAAGCGCUGGGGAAGGAGAAGGUGAGCAGCGGCGAUGUUAUUGCGAUUGAUAAGGCGUCCGGGAAGAUUACGAAGCUCGGACGAUCGUUUUCGCGGUCGAGGGACUUUGACGCUAUGGGGCCGCAGGUGAAGUUCGUGCAGUGUCCCGAUGGGGAGUUGCAGAAGAGGAAGGAGGUCGUGCAUUGCGUUACGCUUCAUGAGAUUGAUGUUAUUAAUAGCAGAACACAGGGAUUUCUGGCUCUUUUCACAGGGGAUACGGGUGAAAUUCGUGCUGAGGUCAGAGAGCAAAUUGACACCAAAGUGGCAGAGUGGAGAGAAGAAGGAAAGGCAGAGAUUGUGCCUGGUGUUCUUUUCAUUGAUGAGGUGCACAUGCUUGACAUAGAGUGCUUUUCUUUCCUUAAUCGAGCUCUGGAGAAUGAGAUGGCUCCCAUAUUAGUUGUUGCUACCAACAGAGGCAUCACAACUAUCAGGGGAACAAAUUACAAAUCCCCACAUGGGAUUCCCAUUGAUCUGCUUGACCGACUUCUCAUCAUCUCUACCCAACCUUACACAGAGGAUGAAAUUCGCAAGAUUCUGGAUAUCAGAUGCCAAGAGGAAGACGUAGACAUGAGUGAAGGUGCAAAGUGUUUGUUAACCAAAAUAGGUGUAGAAACAUCUUUGAGAUAUGCUAUUCAUCUAAUCACAGCAGCUGCAUUGGCAUGCCAAAAGCGAAAGGGGAAGACAGUGGAGUUGGAUGAUAUAAAUCGGGUUUACAAUCUGUUUUUGGAUGUCAAAAGAUCAACACAGUACCUAAUGGAGUACCAAAGUCAGUACAUGUUCAAUGAAACAGGAGAAGCUGAUGAAGAUGAAACCAAUGCCAUGGUCUCUUAGAUUUACAAACAUCUGUUAGAGAGUUCGUAAUUUCCUGGUUAGUCUUUCUAUAAGUUGCAGCAAUUUGUUCCAUGAUCUGGUUGGUCAAUGCACUUCAAAUUGUGUUUGAUAUUGAUCCCCAGGACUUUCCCGCGGUUGAACUGUGCACGACUGUGCAACUUAUAUACUAUGAACAUGGCAAGCUGUACCCAAUUUAUGCUAUUACUGAGCAUUUCCUCCCUCGUUUUUUUUUUUGUUGUAUCAUGGAUGCACAAUCAUCAAUAGAGAGUAGCUUUAACAGUAAUUUAUUAGACGUGGUUUACUAUAGGCAGUCAUAUUAUUGAGAUGAAAUUCUAAUUUUGAUUGAAAA